CCCGACGAAACCGAUGGAAGUUUUUCAACAGCACACACACAGUAGUUGUGUUCUUCUUCGAUUAAAAUUCUUAAUUUUUAUCUCAUUAUUAUAAUAUAUUUUUCUCUUGAUUUCCUGUAUGUGUGUUUAAAAUUUUGUUCUAUUAUUAAAAAGAACAAAAAUAAUAAGUUUAUUAUAAAAUCAUUCAAAAGAAACAUAAACACCAAGAACAAAAACAAAAAAAAAGUGCUAUAUAACUUCUCUCAAUUAUCAAGAAAAUUCUAUCUCUAUUAUAUUUUUGUUCUCAAAAAAUAAGAAGAAAAAAAAAAAAAAAACUCAAAAUGAAAUAAGAAAGCAAAAACAACUACAAAAAAAAAAGAAAAAGAGUUUUUUGACAUUCAUUGUUUCAUUGAGACCAGACCGAAACCGACGAGACCACAAAAAGAAUCAAAAGAACCAAGAAACAAAAAAAAAAGCCAAAAAAAAAGGAGAAGUAAAAAAACACCGCCACUGUCUUCGUCCGCCGUUGUCAAAAAUCUUCUCUCACCUCACAUCUCUCCACUCGACUCGAUCACAUUUUUACUCUAAAAAUAAUUAAAUUUUUUUAUACAUCUUUCAUUUUUCUCUUAUUUUCUUCUUCUAUUUUAUAACAUACUAAACUACAACUAUGUUCUAUAUAUAGUCUCCAUUUCUACACAUAAAUAAUAUAUUAUAAUUAUCAUCUCUCAAAAAUAUUCACACACUAAUCUUUAUUUUUUUUGUAAAUCACUCAAAAAUACAAAUAAACAAAAAAAAAAAAAAAAGAGUUAAAAUAAUGUCUUCCAAAAGCGAACUAAAAAAACUCUCCGAAGAGAGUCUCCUUCAACCGCCCGAAAAAGUUUUCGACAUAAUCUGCAAAUUGGGCGAAGGAAGUUAUGGUUCCGUUUACAAAGCUCUACACAAAGAGAGCAGCUCAAUUGUGGCCAUAAAGCUAGUGCCCGUGGAAUCAGAUCUCCAUGAAAUUAUAAAAGAAAUCUCAAUCAUGCAACAAUGUGAUUCACCUUAUGUAGUUCGAUAUUAUGGAAGUUAUUUCAAACAAUAUGAUUUAUGGAUUUGUAUGGAAUAUUGUGGGGCUGGAAGUGUCUCCGAUAUAAUGCGUCUGAGAAAGAAGACGCUGUCUGAGGAUGAGAUUGCCACAAUUCUCAGUGACACUUUAAAAGGUUUAGAGUAUUUGCAUUUGAGAAGAAAAAUUCAUAGGGAUAUUAAAGCGGGGAAUAUAUUGCUCAAUACAGAAGGUUAUGCUAAAUUGGCAGACUUUGGGGUAGCUGGUCAGUUGACAGACACAAUGGCCAAGAGAAAUACAGUAAUUGGGACUCCUUUUUGGAUGGCUCCCGAGGUUAUUGAAGAAAUCGGCUACGAUUGUGUAGCUGAUAUAUGGUCAUUGGGUAUAACAGCUCUUGAAAUGGCUGAGGGAAAACCUCCUUACGGCGACAUUCAUCCAAUGAGAGCUAUAUUUAUGAUUCCCCAAAAACCUCCACCAUCAUUUAGAGAGCCAGAUCGUUGGAGUACAGAGUUUAUUGACUUUGCGACUGUUUGUUUGGUUAAAAAUCCCGAGGAGAGAGCUACAGCGACAGAUUUACUCAAACAUGAGUAUAUUCAAAAUGCCAAAAACCGAGCCAUCCUCAAGCAGAUGAUUGAAGAGGCUUGUGAUGUGCGAGAGAAUCAGAGAAUAAGCCGGCCGGCGGGUAUGAGUCAGGCCAAGAGUCUAUUGACUCAGCAGGACGAGGAGGAUGAGGAACAGGCGGCGAUUAAUUCGGCGACAAUCAAGGAGUUUCCUGAGGAUGCUGGGACUUUGGUGCCGGGUGGGAAGAAUGACCCGAGACCAAGAGGACCCCGAGCUGAUGGGAGUACAUUGGUGCCAGAUAGUGGUACUUUGGUAGAGUUGGAAUCGAAUUUGGGAACAAUGGUUAUAAAUAGCGAUUCGGAGGAUUCGACUAUGAAGAAACAUGAUACGAAUCCGGAGAUUCCUAAAUAUAGGCCACAGUUUUUGGAGCACUUUGAUCGGAAGAGUACAGAUGUUGGGGGAAAAGCAGUGGUUAAGAAGGCAGAUGUCGAGAUAGAAGCUCAACAUGAUCAACCUGCACAACAGCAACAACAGCAGGCAUGGCCACCGCAAGCUCAGCAACAACACCAGCAGCAACAACAACAACAAGCAAUGGAAAUGCAAUUGAAUCAAAUCUCAGCUAUUAAUCAAUUUGGAAUGCAACAACAUAUGUAUCAUGCAGCAGCAGCUGCUGCUGCUGCAGCCGCGGCUGCUGUAGCUCCUUCAGCACCUCCACAUCCUAUGCUAGAUGCUGUUCAUCAACAACAACGUCAGCAACAACAACAGCAAAAUAACAAUAACAAAAUGAAUCAUCAUCAUCAUCAUUAUAAUAAUUUUGUCGAUGGAGAAUUUGAAUUUUUAAAAUUUCUAACAUUUGACGAUUUAAAUCAAAGAUUAAAUAAUAUUGACUCAGAAAUGGAGAGAGAAAUAGAAGAGUUGAAUCGGAAAUAUAAUGCCAAAAGGCAACCGAUUGUCGAUGCCAUGAAUGCGAAACGGAAACGCCAACAGAAUAUAAAUAAUAAUUUGAUUAAGAUUUGAAAAAAAAAAGAUUUUUACAUAUUAUUAUUAUAUAAAAAACAAAAUUAUUAUUACAUAACUGUAUUAUGUCCGACUCUAGAGGGUUUUUUUUUUUUAAUAAUAAAUAAGAAUUUUAUAUAGAAAAAGAGUGGGAAUUUAUAUUAUAUAUCAAGAUUUUUUUUCUUUCUUUCUUUUGUAUGUAAUAAUAUUAAAAAAAAAAGAAGAUUGGUUAUGAUGAUAUACAAAAAAAAAAAAUAUUUGAUAACUGAGAAUUAACACUAAGAGGAGAGCGAUUAAGUAAAAUAAUAAAAAGAAAAAAAAAAACAGAUUGCACUUAUAUACACUAAAA